AUGGCAACAGUGGAAAAGAUAAGUUACAGUUGCUGCUAUUUAAGUCGAAGAUUAAAUCAGCUAUCAAGCCAUGAUCCGUUGUGGAAAAGACAAUGCAAGAAAUACUGGCUUAUUUCAGAAGAGGAAAAAAGUCAACGAAAUCAGAGCUGGAAAGCCAUCUUCAUCAGUACCUACUCUGACCUAGGAAGAUACAUCCGGUACUAUGCUACAUUGAAAAAAGCCUGGGAUGACCUAGAGAAAUACUUAGGACAGCGGUGUCCUCGGAUGAUUGGGUCUUUGAAAGAGAGUGUGCGGGAGGAAGAUCUAGAUGCUGUGGAAGCACAAAUAGGUUGCAAACUCCCUGAUGACUAUCGAUGUUCAUUUCGUAUUCAUAACGGACAGAAGCUAGUUGUUCCUGGUUUGAUGGGAAGCAUGGCACUGUCGAACCACUACCGCUCUGAAGACUUGUUGGAUAUCGACACAGCGGCUGGAGGUUUUCAGCAGAGGCUAGGUCUGAAACAAUGCCUUCCUCUUACUUUUUGCAUUCAUACUGGCCUGAGUCAAUACAUGGCCCUGGAGAGCGUGGAGGGACGAAAUAAAUACGAGAUCUUCUAUCAAUGUCCAGACCAAAUGGCUCGCAAUCCAUCUGCUAUUGAUAUGUUCAUUACAGGUACAUCUUACUUGGAAUGGUUUACAUCCUAUGUAAACAAAGUUGUAACUGGUGGUUAUCCUAUCAUCAGAGACCAGAUUUUCAGGUAUGUGCAUGAUAAAGAAUGUGUUGCUACCACAGGAGAUAUUACUGUUUCUGUGUCCACGUCUUUUCUACCUGAACUCAGUUCUGUGCAUCCGCCACAUUAUUUCUUCACUUACAGAAUCAGAAUUGAAAUGUCCAAAGAUGCUCUUCCUGAGAAGGCCUGUCAGCUGGACAGUCGAUACUGGAAAAUAACAAAUGCCAAAGGUGAUGUAGAAGAAGUUCAGGGUCCUGGAGUAGUUGGGGAGUUUCCAAUUAUCAGUCCAGGGAGAGUCUAUGAAUAUACCAGCUGUACUACAUUUUCCACAACAUCUGGAUAUAUGGAGGGGCAUUACACCUUCCAUUGCCUCUACUACAAGGAAAAAUUCUUUAAUGUCACAAUUCCCAGAUUUCAUAUGGUGUGUCCAACAUUCAAGGUGUCUACGGCGCGAAUGGAAACAAAUCAUAAUGAAUAUGCAGUGGAUGAAGACGAAGAUUCCACAGACACUGAUGACUAUGAAGAUCGACGUAGAGUGUUGGACAUUUCUGCACCUUCUGGACAGUGCCCACGUCAUACCUGAUGGGAUUUUUUUCCAAACAAAAUAAACUGUUUUCAGAAGCUGAACUCUUUGGGGCUAGUGCAUAAGAGUAUUUCUGACUAUUGUAAAUGAAAUUUUUGUUGCACAUCAGGGCAACUAGCAUGAACGUUGGUGCCAGUUCUAAUAUUCAUCAGAGUAUAACUUUUGUUUUUUCCUGGUUUGGAAGUGGGGAGGGGG